CUUUACAAAAGGAGAAGGGGCCCUGCCUGAUGUUGCUCAGUCUUUUCUUCUGCCGGGCACACUACGUAGGAGGGGUCAGUCCGCACUAAUAGAACUAUGAUUGAUGGCACAGCGCGGAUGAUAAAACCGUCUGGGAGUAACAUCAACUAUCGACUCCAGUAGGAUCUUUCACAAGCUGCAGCCAAGAGCUGCGCGGAUGAAAGUAACAGGUUAUUCUCGCUGAGCUGGCGGAUUUCUGCAAAUCAUGCAAGUGCGUUGUCUUUGUGUCUGAAGCGUUCCCGAUAAGAGGAGCAAACAGAAUUUAAAACCAGAUCCCGGAGAAGACGGUCCAUUUUUUUUUGCACCUUGGACACAGCACCAAAUUAGACAAAACCUGACAUGGCAAAGAAAGAGUUUCUUGCACUGCUGCUGUUACAGCUACUCGCGGAGCCUCUCAGUCGCUCUGUCUCUGCUCAAAGCAAAGAUCCAAACCUGGAACCUGUCUCGCACGACCUUCAUCCUCAACACUCGUUCCUGGCUCCUACGCCGAAAUCACUAACCAGCAGGAACACAGUGAGCUCAAAUACAUCCCAUUCGCUAACGCCUCGCAACUUCCCGAAACCCAUCAAGUCAGGAGGUUCCAACCAGUUGCCUAUGUGUGCAGGACCCACCGAAAUAAGGGAUACUUUUAAAUACAUUAACACCGUGGUUUCUUGCCUAGUGUUUGUAGUUGGAAUAAUCGGAAAUUCAACCUUGCUGAGAAUUAUCUACAAAAAUAAAUGCAUGAGAAACGGGCCUAACAUCCUCAUCGCAAGUCUCGCUUUGGGAGAUCUCCUGCAUAUUGUGAUUGAUAUACCUAUAAAUGUGUACAAGCUCCUAGCAGAAGACUGGCCAUUUGGAGUUGGAAUGUGCAAACUUGUGCCCUUUAUUCAAAAAACAUCUGUUGGGAUCACAGUUUUGAGUUUAUGUGCACUGAGCAUUGACCGGUAUCGAGCAGUGGCAUCUUGGAAUCGUAUUAAAGGAAUUGGAGUCCCAAAGUGGACGGCAAUAGAGAUUACAUUGAUCUGGGUGUUAUCAGUUAUCCUAGCUGUGCCUGAGGCUAUUGCUUUUGAUAUGAUUACAAUGGAUUACAAAGGGGAACACCUCCGAAUCUGCCUGCUGCAUCCAAUGCAGACAUCCCAGUUUAUGAAGUUCUAUAAGUCAGCAAAAGAUUGGUGGCUGUUCAGCUUCUAUUUCUGCAUGCCCCUUGCUUGUACGGCAGUGUUUUAUACUCUCAUGACUUCAGAGAUGCUGAGCAAGAAAAAUGGGGUGCAGAUUGCUUUAAACGACCACCUAAAACAGAGACGUGAGGUGGCAAAGACAGUGUUUUGCCUGGUACUGGUAUUUGCUCUCUGCUGGUUACCACUGCACCUCAGCCGAAUCUUGAAAUUAACAAUUUACAAUGAGGAAGACCCCAACCGAUGCGAACUACUGAGCUUCUUCCUAGUUCUGGAUUACAUUGGCAUCAACAUGGCCUCAGUGAAUUCCUGCAUAAACCCCAUUGCUCUCUAUGUGGUCAGCAAGAGGUUCAAAACCUGUUUCAGGUCGUGCUUGUGUUGCUGGUGCGUGUCACCAGACAUGCUGCCUUUGGAUGAGAAGCAGUCCUGCAUGAAGUCAAAAGCCAUUGACCGUGGAUCAGAACAGAGCAACUCCCGGGUCACCAACAAGUACACCACUACAUGAGGUGCUACCCAUAAUACAAGAGGUGCUACCCAUAAUGCACGAGGUGCUACCCAUAAUCACAGCUGCAAUGUUUCCAACAAGACUCCGCGCCGAAGAGCGACAUUUGUACCCACUGGCUUUCCCUCAUUCAGAAUGGAAAACACAAAAGCACUUAAAUUCUUAACCCAAAAGGCUUUAGUUUCCAUGUUUAAUCUUAUAAGGCACUUCAAGAGAGCAAAAUAUGAAUGGUAAUUAAAAAUAAUUGAAUCUGAAUUAAUUCAAAGCAGCUCAUGAGGAUCUUCCUUAAGUGAGUUCUUAUGUUUUAAUAUCACACAUAAUGAAAGUAUUUCAACUCAUUUUAUCUGACUACAGUAAACACAGUUAUUAUUACUACUGCAUGAAAGGUUUCUGCUUUGUUUUUUCAACACCUUCCAUUGGCAUGUUUAAAGUGCUUUUCUAGGAUUAAAAGCCCCCACAUUUUUGUUAUUCCAUAUUGCUUUUUACUUCAUUAAAAUCCUGGAGUUUUCCCAACUUGCUUCAUAAAACUUUAAACACAAACCAUGCUGUUGCAGAGGGAUAAACCAGAAUUUUCAGUGUGAUUAAUAGAGUCAAAUAUUCAUAUUUUAAUAAUGUCCAUCUUAUCUUAUAUGACUGAUUAUCAUCAAAUUAGAAUAAGAUUUUUGGGCAAGAGCCUCAUAUCACUAUCAGCUGCGGUUGUAUGAUGUAGAUGCUUGUUCCUUCAUUUGCAGAUUUGUGUUGUUCAUGUUCAGCAACUUCUUCUGAAAGUAUAAAAAAAUCUUAAAGGGCAGGUCCCAUAUUUUGAAUGUUUUAUGUUUUGAUUAAAAAACAUUACAAAUAAAGAGAAUUGCCAGGUGCAAUGUUUGUUAUCUGUUAAUUUUUCUUUAUGGUGUUAAAACAACAAAACAAUGUAAUAUAAAGCUAUUACAAUUGUCAGGAAAUGUGGAUGGAUUUUGUUAAUGGCAAAAGCUCUAAAUUUUAAAGUUAUUUACCUGAUAUCACAUGCAUGUUUCAACUUCUUUUUUGUGUAUUGUGUAUUUUAUCUUUAUUUAGCUUAGUGGUAAAAAGUAUCACUACAUUAAGCUUUGUUAUUGUUAACUGAAAAAAGCCAAAUGUAUUUCAUUAUUGUAUUGCAUUAAGUGCCAGUAUUAAAUAGCUGAUUUUACCAUUAAACACUAGUUUUGUAUAUUAUCCAUGCUAGCAUUGCUGUACAUAGUGUGUGUAGCCUUAAACUAUAGAUUUUUAAUGUAUAAUAUAGUCAUCUCAUCUGCUUGUCUUUCCCUUUUCCACUUUGAAACAUUGUUAACCUGUUAAGUGCCAUUUUACUGCUGAAAAUGUGUAUAGUCUAUCUGUAACCAAAAUGAUUUUUACUUUGAAAAUGAAAAGAAGUGUAUAAUAAAGUAUAAUUUUAUUUAAAUCAGAGA